AUGGCAGAAGCAGGAUUGGAACGUGCCCACAGGAUGGAAGUCGAAUACCUGAAGAAGUGCUUUGGGACUUUGCUUGCCCAGGGACUGGCAGAGGUGGCGAAGGUUCGGCCCAGUGACCCCAUAGAGUACCUGGCUCACUGGCUUCAUCAUAACAAGAAAAUCAUUGAAGUUCAGGAAGAGGGCAGGCAGGAGAAGAUCCAGCUGAAGGAGGAAUAUGAAAAUAGCCUCAAGGAAACCCGAAUGACAGAAAUACUGAAGCAAGAAGAGUAUCAGAUUCAACAGGAGUUUGAAAAGUGUCACCAGCUACUAAUGUCCGGAGCUGUUUCCACAAAGGAGACCAUGUUCUUGCAGGAGAGCAUAAAACCCCUUGAAAAUGAGGCCUUGAAGAAGGAUGGCCUGCCAGGUACCUCCAGUGUGACUCCAGAAAUGCCUCAACAGAUUCCUUCCUCUGAUCCUCUUGGCCAGACUCCACCAGAAAUAAAUUACUAG